AUGGCGGUCUUUGCGUAUGCUCUGCCGUGGGUAUUCUAUCCACUAUCAUUCUGUACCAUCGUAUCUGCACGCCCCCUCUCAACCACCCAGUCAUAUGACACUGAACCGCUGAUUAUUGCAUGCCCGGUCAUCUUUCUAGUUUUGUUGCUUCUUCUUGCUGUCAAGCUUGUUUACGCGCAACACCGUCGACUCAGUGUCAUUCGCUCUCGAGAUAUCCAGUCAACUCUUGACGUUUCACUGAACUCUCGGUCUUCCAUUCUGUCUCUCAAAGCCGCUCAACUGAAGGCAACUCGUUUUAAAUGCACGCCAUUUCUUGGGAUUUUGGUUGGAUGCCUCGGAUCUCCUGCAUGGGAGACCGACAUCGAAUCUGACUUCGACUCCAAUUCGACAAGGCAACGCCGAACUGCAUCCUUCAUGUACCAACUGCAUCGACAGUCCAAGCAGCGUUCUUCAUAUUCUUACUCUGCGGCUCAUCGUUCGAGCAAGAGUUUGACUGCUCAGGUACCUGCAUCCCAAGCGCAGCUUACUUGCUCCACGUCUUUCUUCAGUUUAUCCAGCGAGCAUAGUCCAGAAGACGCGACCAGGAAGCCCGGGUUCCGUCCUCCGCCAAAUAUCCGAGUCCUCACGUAUCCUACCAAAGCACGGUCGAGAAAGACUGCCACCAUCCAGAGGUAUUCAUUACUCAUCGAUAAUCCAAUUUCUGGACAACAAUGUGACUUCUGCGAAAAGUGUAACGCCACUGGCAGCAGCUUCCGGGCUCGUAACUUGUGUACUCCAAGUAAUCGGACGACCUCUGGUGUCGAUAUUGGCCCGUCUCUAAGGCUUGUUGGCGCUACCGACGUGACCGCCGUCCCAUACUCGUUCUUAUCUGCAUUUCCGCCUUCGUCAUAUGUUUUGUCACCCCUCACCGGGACUCGCGACUCUCUACAGCUAUCUAGAUUUUAUUCAAGAUCAACUCGGAAACCUGUCCCUCCGCUCCCGCCGUUGCCAUCUUACAGUCUUUUGAAUGAACGAUCGUCUGAUAUUUCUCUGGCGAAGUUGCCUGCUGCAUCGUCGCGUCCUCCUACAGGCUUUCCUCAAAUUUUGCCUCCUCUCGAGUUUUCUCCACCCAACAGCACAGGUAGCUUUUGCGCUGUCGCUGAUCAGGUGCCUGCCCACUUGUCAACCAAUACUCCAUUAUUGCCCACCGAUUCUUCAAAGCUCGAAACUAGUCCUCCCGUUUCUGUGGGCGUCGCUGAUUACGUUGCCACUGUCAAAUUACUUCCCGAUGUCUUGCACCCCUCAGAUCCACUUGUAUUCGCUGUUCAGAAGAUGAAGAGAAAGACGACACACAAACGCUCCCCUACUAUCAGAUCACGUAGCGGAACCAUACCCGGUGCAUCACCUCUACGCAUCAUGGCGCUCCCAGAGGAUAUGUCAGACCGUAAGCCCGUUGGAGAUACGCCCACCGGGGAUAAGGAGAAUUCUACCCCUGCUACUUGCACGAGCAAGGCUACCGACGAUGGUAAAAUUCACCGCUCGCUGAAAGAUGCCUCAAAUCGCCUUUCUCUUAUUCUGAACCUGGCUUCUCCAGAUGCACAACUCGAGCUAUCUACUCUAAGCCACUCCGCCCGUUCAAUCAAAUCCACAAAAAGCCUCGCCCGUUCUGACGCCGAGGGGUCUUUAAGCGACUUGUCAUCAUUGCAAACUCCGAAGUCUGAUCGCCUGGACGAGGUAGACAUCAGCAUGCUGGGGCUUGAUCGGUUCCACUGGUCUGAAGAAGGCGAGGAGUUGAUCAAGUCUCAUAUCAAGAAUGAUAGCGUGGCGUUGAUUUCGUUUUGGGAAGAGGGGCAGUGGAUGCGAGAGAAUAAUUAA